CAGAAAUCGCGAGAGAAGAAGCUCGCUUGGGUGCUAGCGGAUGCUGCAAUCAAGCAGAUGAUCCGAUGGGUGGAGGAGCGAAGGAGAGCAAGAAUGAGGACGAAACAUGGCAGCUUGCUCAACGGAGCCUUUCAGCCUCAAUUAGACAUUGAAGAGGAGAGCAAAGGAUAAAAACGAGACGAGACGACCUCCAGUGCAGCUAUUUCAUUUUAUUUUUUCAUCUUCCACAGCCGCCCCGUCUUCUUCCUGCUCGUUUUGUCCUCCAUUUCUCCUGGCAUGAUCUGGCACCCAUCCUCCCUCCUCUCCGUUAUCCCUCUCUCUUUUCUCCCCUCCCCGCCUCCUCCUCCUCUUGUGCCUCAUCGCCACUGCAUGAAUGAAGCCGCUUGAAAAGGGCUAAUCGAGCGGCUCUCUUCAUGGCUACGACCAGAUGUGAAGCAGCCUUGACGUCCUUGCCUUCAAAUAUCUGCCACAGAAACUGCCUGCACUGUUCCCCAUGAUACACUGAAAAUCACAUCAGUAAUGCAUGGCUGCUAGCAAUGGACCUAGGCUGCUAGUGGGAUAAUGGCUUGCACAAUGCCAUGAUGAGUUACUUGAACUGCACUGCCAGUAACUCAAACAAGAGCACUCCUGCUUGCUCACCAGUCCUGCGCAAACGCUCGCGCUCUCCCACACCACAGAGCCAGGAGGGUGACAACAUGGUGGAGAAGGGCUCGGACCAUUCCUCGGACAAGUCCCCCUCCACCCCCGAGCAGGUUGUCCAAAGGACCUACUCGCUGCAAUCGGCACGCAGCGGGGGAAAGAACUCAAAAUCUCACAAGCGACUUUCCAAAUAUGACAGACUAAACCUGAUUAAAAAGAGCCAAAGCUGGUAUAACGUGCUGAGCCCCACGUACAAGCAGCGCAAUGAGGACUUCAGGAAACUCUUCAAACAGCUACCUGACACAGAGAGACUCAUUGUGGACUAUUCCUGUGCUCUGCAACGGGACAUCCUCCUACAGGGACGACUCUACCUCUCUGAGAACUGGAUCUGUUUCUAUAGCAACAUCUUCCGUUGGGAAACACUGCUGACAGUGCGGCUAAAGGACAUUUGCUCAAUGACGAAAGAGAAGACUGCCCGCCUCAUUCCCAACGCCAUCCAGGUCUGCACUGACAAUGAGAAGCACUUUUUCACCUCUUUUGGAGCCAGAGACAGGACAUACAUGAUGAUGUUCAGACUUUGGCAGAAUGCGCUGCUUGACAAGCCGCUGUGUCCCAAAGAGCUGUGGCACUUUGUCCAUCAGUGCUACGGCAACGAGCUCGGCCUGACCAGUGAUGACGAGGACUACGUUCCCCCUGAUGACGACUUCAACACCAUGGGGUUCAGCGAAGAGAUUCCGAAUGAGGAAAAUGAGAUGAACAAUGACAACUCGUCUAAAAGCAGUGCGGAAGCCAAGCCUGAGGGGAGUCCACCUCUUCUUCAUAAGAAGUUCGUCCCAAACAGCACCAUCGACCGCACGAGCAACCAUGACACACCCAUCACAUUUGACCUCCCAACAGAAGAUUUCACAGACUGCCAACCAGAUGGCGAGCUGCUAGCGGUGCCUCUGUUGGUGGAAGAGAAGAACAACGAAACCAGUGGAACUAGCGGCCCUGUCCCUUCGCCCUCCCUCGACUUCAACGACAACGAGGAUAUCCCCACAGAGCUCAGCGACUCUUCUGAGACACACGAUGAGGGUGAGGUUCAGGCCUUCCACGAGGAUCUGAACGGGAGGCAGCACAUCAAUGAGAUUUACAAGUUUAGCGUGGACAAGCUGUAUGACAUCCUCUUCACAGAGUCGCAGUUCAUGAGCGACUUCAUGGAGCAGCGGCGAUUCUCAGAUGUGGUUUACCACCCAUGGAAGAAGGAGGAAGCAGGGAACCAGACAAGGGAAAUCCUGUACACCAUCUCACUGUCCAACCCUCUUGCCCCCAAGACAGCCACAGUCACUGAGACACAGACGCUGUACAAGGCCAGUCAGGAGAGUGAGUGUUACAUCAUCGACGCUGAAGUCAUCACGCACGAUGUUCCCUACCACGACUACUUCUACACCCUCAACCGCUACAUGCUCACCCGGGUCGCUAAGAACAAGUGUCGCUUACGGGUAUCGACAGAGCUGCGCUUCAGAAAGCAGCCAUGGGGGCUGGUGAAAGGCUUCAUCGAGAAAAAUUUCUGGAGCGGGCUAGAGGAGAACUUUCGCCAACUUGAGGUGGAGCUGUCCAAGCUGGAGGAAAUCCUGACCGAGGCCCACCAGCUCUCACCAAAGGGGAAAGCGGUGAAGAACGCCACAGUGAGGCGGAAGAAGAGGCCGACCCCCCACAUGCGCAGCCAGCAUCUGGAUGAAGCGCUCAGUCCCGUCACCACGCCAACAGACGAGGAAGUGAUUCAGCGCAUCAAGCAAGUGGCGGGCUCCACACAGACCAGACAUCAGAGUCCGGAGCACCGUCGCCUGCCUGGAGGCUUGGCUCUGUACAGCGUCUCCAAACUGCUGCUCAUCAUCAGCUUUGUUCUGGUCCUGCUGGUGUUCCUCAAUAUGAUGCUUUUCUACAAGCUAUGGAUGCUGGAAUACUCUGCACAGUCUUUAACUACCUGGCAAGGUCUGCGGCUGCAUGAAAGUAAACUUCCUCAGACACAAAUGGAGUGGGCCCAGCUCCUGGAGGCGCAGCAGCGUUUCCAUGACGCCGAGCUGCAGAAGUGGCGGGAGAUAAUCAAGUCAUCUGUGGUACUACUCGACCAGAUGAAAGACUCUUUAUUGAACCUCCAGCGUGGUAUCGGAUUGAGGGACUACAGCUCGGAAAGUGAAGACAAGAGGACUCACUACCACUGACCCGCUGCCACAAACAAGGCCAUGAGGGCAUGCUGUGCAAUAUUGGACUGCUUUUUUUUUUUUUUUUAUGAGUCUGUAUGCAGGGAGAUAAAGAGAAAGCAGGUCCAGGAACAGGAAGAGUGGGCGAAGGCAGGACGACAACGCAGACAGGAAUUGAGAAGAUGUCUCCUGCAGCACUGACUCCAUCCUACUACUGUAAGUCAUGUGUGUCAUCCUGGGGACCAGGCAGGGAGAAUGAGUCCACACUACUGCAUGCAUUCAGACAUCUUACAGCAACUCCUGUCAGUGUUCAUGUGGUUCCAGUUCCAGUUUGUGUGUAUCAAAAACAACUGGAAGAGGAGAGACAGGGUUCAUUUGGAGAGUUCCGAGUCUUUCUACUCUCUCGACUGUUCCACAUCGUCCCCCUAGAGGUCCUCGCUGCAGCGUCUCUUUUCAUGCCUCACCUUCUUGAAAAUCUGGUCUGAGUGGUCUUUGUCAGGGCUGGUUCCCUGUCAGACAGCCAAAUAUGAAGACGACACAAUCUGCUUUGACAGUGUUUGUUUCUGCACAGUGUUAACGAACCUUUCCCAGUCAAUCUGAUGGUCGAAUGUAGAAAUAGAAUGUAUGAUUCAAUUAGAAGACUUUCGAUAAGGGACACUGCAGCCAGACUAGUAGGGAGACGUCUUCUUACGUGUUUUAUUACUAAACUGUGACUAUAUCUCUUCAGAAGUGUUUCAAAUUAGAAAGAAUUCUAUGAAUAUAUUUGAAAUAUAUAAGAGUAUUUCAUUAUUUAAUAUAUAUAUAUUUCAAAAUAUAUGAGCAUUACCUAUAUUUAUUGUUAAUUUAUGUACAUAAGAAAAGAGAGCACUAGAGCUGUUGAAGAAUUUCUAAAGAAAAAACUGUUUUCUUCUUUUAAAAAAAUGCAUGCCAGAUAUGUCUGUGACAUGUCCAGUGUGUAAGUACGAGUCUGCAUUUGUGCGAUUAUAUUCGCACUUGUGCGUGCGUGUGCGUGUGUAUGCGUGUGUAUAUGUGUCAAGUGUGACAUUUUUACCAUUCCACACGCGUUUUUUUUUUGUUUGUUUGUUUGUUUGUUUGUUUGUUUGUUUGUUUUUUUAGUUUUCCGUUCCUGGUUCCUGCAGCCAGACUGCCUUUAUAAUAAAUUAGCCCCAACCAAACUAGAGUUAACAAUCAAAACCAAAUGUUUGGAAAUCCAAUCCACUUGCUGUAAACCAGUGGUGUUUUUCUAUGAAAAAGUAGCUGAUUUGGCACAAAUCAUUUAGGUAGGCCUAACAGCUGUGUACUCAACCACACAGAUGACAUAUUCAGUAUAAAACUACUCAAAUGUAAUAAAGUUUGAAUGGUCACAA